AUGGAGACCGCUGCCCCCGACCCCACCGACGUGCUGUACUGCAUCGCGGUCUGCUUCGACGACCUGCUGUGCAUCACCGGCGACGCGCCCGGCACGGCCACCGGCGUGGGACCGUAUGCGUAUUGCGUGGUGUCGCGGCACCCGUUCGUGGAGGCCUUCGGCGCACUGCUGCUGCGGCUGCACGCCGGCGAGGCGCUGAGCCUCCGGCCACGGCCCAGCAGCGCGGCCCUGGGCCUGGGGAUCUUCGGCGCGGCGCAGCCCGGCCCCUGCCCGGCGUGGGCGGACGCGCAGGCGCGCCGGCGGUGCGACACCCUGGCCGCGUGGGCCGGGCCGCCGCUCUUCGAGAGGCUCGGCGUGGACGCCCUUCUGCGGGUGCUGGCGGCGCUGCUGCUGGAGAUGCGGGUGCUCGUCGUGGCGCGCCGCGUGCCCGACGGCUCCGCGGCCGUGUUCGGCCUCGGCUCGCUGCUGUGGCCGCUCAGCUGGCAGCACCUGCUGCUUCCGAUCUGCCCGCUGGCCCUCCAGGACGCGAUCAUCGACGCACCGGUGCCGUUCCUGUGCGCUCUGAGGGAG